CCCACAUGCGCCCGGUGCCCGCGGUGCCGUUCGCCGUUUCUGUCUUCGCUGAUCGAUCGCUCUUUGCCUUUGCUCCUUCCAGCAGUUCCACGUUCUUUCCCUUUCCGCUUUCAACCUCAAACAACCGAACUUCCUGUCUUCCUCCUGCCCCUCUCGUUGGUCUGUGGCCUGCUGUAGCCUGCUGGCCAAGUGCGGAGUGCCAAGUGUCAGCUCCGCCGCAGUCUCUGCUAAUUAAAUUGGUUAAGGAAAAACGUGUUAUCGUUUGUCAGGAUGCAGGUGCCACCAAUUUUCAUGGAGUUACCGUUAGAUGACCAGGCGCAAGAACUGAGAGUAUAUUUUAAAAGUCUUGGUGCAGAAAUUAGCGAAGAGAAAUCUCCUAAAGGUAUAGAGGAUGAUUUGCAUAAGAUUAUUGGAGUGUGCGAGGCAUGUUUCAAGGAAGGAAACGAAAGUGAGAUAGAAACUGUAUUGAAUGACAUUGUUUCUAUCAUGAUUCUGAUACCCACGGAACGUGCUGAAAAUUUAAUUUUGGCAUUCUGUGAGAAACUUGUAAAAGCACCUGGAUACAAACUCGGAUUGGUUUGCUUAAAAGCUUUAUGGCUCUUAUUUCAAUCUCUUGCCGAUGAUUCUCCAAUGAGAUACCACGUUUAUUAUCACUUGGUACAAAUAGCCCGCAAUGUUGAUCAAGUAAAAGCUGUGUAUAGCGGAAUAGAUCAAUUGAAGCAACAGUUUGCCUCCUUUCCUCCAUCGAACGAACAAAUGCAAAAGUUGUUGCGUUUGCUGCACGAAGUUCUUUUAAGCUGCAAACAAGGAGAGCAAGCGGCAGCUGUCAUGGUGGAAUUGUUGGGAACUUAUACAGCGGAGAAUGCUUCCGCGGCUAGAGAAGACGCACAGCGUUGUAUAUUAGCUGCGUUAGCGGAUCCAAAUACAUUUUUGUUAGAUCCACUUUUGGCUUUGAAACCUGUGAGAUUUUUGGAAGGCGAAUUGAUACACGAUUUGCUUCUUGUAUUUGUGCAAGAUAAAUUACCAGCGUAUUUGCACUUCUAUCAAAAUCACAGAGAAUUCGUCGAGCAUCAACUUGGAUUGAACCAUGAACAAAACAUGAAGAAAAUGAGGCUACUGACCUUUAUGCAACUUGCAGAGACAAAUCCAGAAAUGUCUUUUGAUACGAUACAAGAGGAAUUGCAGAUUGGUGAAUCUGAAGUGGAAAGCUUCAUAAUUGACGUUUUAAAAACCAAACUUGUGAGAGCGCGAAUGGAUCAGGCCGGCCGUAAAGUAUUAAUUUCAAGCACGAUGCACAGAACGUUUGGUCGUCCGCAAUGGAUGCAACUACGAGAUUUACUUGUAUCGUGGAAAGCUAAUCUUUCGGCUGUGCAGGAUGGCAUGAAGACUGUAGCCGCUGCGCAAAUGGAGCUCGCUGCAAAGAAUAAAGCUACCCUUGCUCACUGACAUUAUCGAAAAAUUUCAUACAGAUGUACAUGAUUAUUCGUGAGAAUACUGUAAGUGAUCAAAAGCUGAAAUUUUUUCCGAAAUACAACAGAAACUCGUCGAGUCUAGCUACAAAAGAAAUGCAGCUGAAAAUUAAUGGCAACAACUUAUACCACAGUAUCAGCUUGUACAACACAAAAACUGUUAAAUAGAAAAUUUUUGCAUACGUUUAAACGUACAUUUACAUAUUUAUCAUACAAAAGCUAGAUUCAUCGUAUAGUUACGCGUCUCUCAGCCUUUUUGUUAACAACGUAUCUCCGUAAUAACCCGUAAUAAUAAAAUAAACAAUCUGAUUUAAAUUUAUCACAAUACGUAAAGCAUAUUAAAACGUGAUUCAAGAUGAUUGAUAAUUUUACACAUUCGUACGUAUUUAUAGCAUCGAAAUAUAUCUAUAUACAUGAUCAAAUCGAUAUAUUUCACAAAGGAUAUAAAAUUUAAUGCUAUACCGCACUGCAAACUGGAUGUUGAAAAAAGAAUGUCAGGAAAUAUUUUUAAUUCCAUAAAAUUGUAAUAACAUGCUUACAGGUAUUUCAUGAUAAGUAAGCUUGAAUUAAUAAUAUAAUCUAUGAUCGAAAGUUAAAAGAUGAGGUAUCAUUUUUAUUAAAAGCGGAAUACGAUUACAUCCAAAUAUCCAACGGAAAAAGUUACCGCACUAAUAUUUACGUAUUCAGUAUGUUGAAAAAAUUAAUCGCAGAAAAAGAUGUCAGUUAUUGUAUAAUAAAGUAUGCAAUAUAUAAGCAAUAUAUUUGAUAUAAUCUGCUUUAGAUCUUAAUCUCUACGUAAGAAAUUAUACGUUGUAAUCCCUUUUAUUAUUUUAUAUUGACAUUUGUGCUUUUUGUGUUUUUCUAUUACAUUAAUUAUAUAAACCUUCUUUAUUAAGUAUUUUUACUUAUGCAUAAUUGACAUUACCUCUGCCUUUUUCAAUAGCACUCGAAUAUUUUAACCAAAACAAGAAAAAAAUAUAUUGUAAAAUAUUCACGCAUACAUGUGUGUACCCGCACGCACGCGCACACAUAUAGAACAUUUUAAAAGUAUCAGCAGUGCCAAUAGCCAACGUAAUCAUUUACUACAAAUUACUGCACUGCAAUAUGUCAAACUGAUCUUUAAAUUACACAAUAAAAAAUUCAGUCUAUUGUAUAGCA